UACUACAUAGCAUCAACCACCAAAAUGAGCGCCCCCACCAACAACAACACCAUCUACAGACGCUCCCACGCCCUCAAGUCCACCAGCCUAUGGUAUGCCGCCCUCAGUGACCUCUUCCCCACCGCGGCAGGCUUCACCGUAGACCUCGAAGCCGGGAUCAUGUCCCCGAUGCGCGAGUCCUACAACCGCAUCACCGUGACUUUCCGUAAGCCUGCGCACGAAGCUGCAACUGAAGCUGAAGCGGAGGCUAAGAACGUAGCCGGCAGGGACGGCAGCGGCAGCGGCAGCGGCAGCGAGACCCUCAUCAUCUUCACCCUCAUAAGCGGCGCGCUGCGACGCCCGCGCGCGCACCCGGGCCACCACGUACUCAUUCUGCGGGAUUUCCUGGCCGCCGUGCACCAUCACGGCCACGACCACUACUACCGACACCACCAUCACCCGCCCCAGCUACUGUCUUCGUCGGCGGGGCCCAUCGUCGGCGCCGUGAUGCUUCCUCGUCUGCCGGUGACGAUACAAUUCUACCGGUGGGAUUGGGGCCACGGCGGGUGGGUGCUGCCCGUGGGGCAGGCGUUCGAUGAGCUUGUAGACCGCCGGGGGAUCUUGGGGGUGUUGGUCGGGAUGAAGGGGUUGGUGCUGAGCAGUGGUGGGUUUGGGUUGGGGAGGGGGGUUAAUUGGGUGGAUGAUGAGGAGGAGGUGGUGGAGGACUUUUUGGUGGUGAGGGUUUAGACACAGACUGUUUCUGGUUUCGACGCUUCCGUUUCUGUUGAGGAGUAGGGCGCGUUUUCUUUGGAUGUUGGUACGAAUAAGAGGAUUAUCAUUCUUUGGUUUUUUUCCGUCCUUGUUGGUAGAACCUUGAAGUUGUGUAUUGUUCUCUUGUGUAUGGGGGCUGUGUAGGGUGCGGUGUAUACUGUAGCUAGGGGGUUUCCUAAUGAUCUAGAUCAUUGGUGGUGGCCUCUUCAGUCUGCAUGCACCUGCAUACAGGUACUACUACCGGAUAGGUAGAUGAUAUGAGAGCAAGUUUGUUCCACGACGCAGUCGACUAUGGGAACC